UUUUUUUUUUUCUUUUUCCUCCCCCCUUCUUUUUGUUGGAAUAGCAUUUUAUAUUAUACAACAUGAACGCUGACAAACUCUCCAAGCUUCAAUCCCAAGUUCGUAUUGGUGGUAAGGGUACUCCCCGUCGUAAGGUCAAGAAGACCACCGGUAAGUCCUCCACUGGUGAUGACCGUAAGCUCUCUGCUGCUCUUACCAAGUUGAACGUUCAACCCAUUGCUGGUGUUGAUGAAGUCAACAUGUUCAAGGAUGACGGUAAGGUCAUUCACUUCAGUCACCCUCGUGUUUCUGCUGCUGCUAACGCCAAUACCUUCGCUAUUCACGGUCGCUCCACUGAAAAGGAAUUGGCUGAACUCAUUCCUGGUAUCUUGAACCAAUUGGGUCCUGACUCCAUGGCUGCUCUUAAGAAGCUUGCUGAAUCUUUCCAACAAGCUCAAGGUGAAAACGCUGCUAAUGCCGAUGAUGAUGAAAUUCCUGACUUGGUUGAAAGCUUCGAAAAGGCUGAUGUUGAAGAUAAGGCUGAAGACAAGACUGAAGACAAGAAGGAGGAAUCUGCUUAAAAAAAUCUCAUAUUUUGAAUGUGAAAAAAAGAGAAAAAAAAAAGAAAUAAAAUAUACUAAUUGACAAACAAUUAAAAUUAUAUUUUGUGAAAUGAACAUGUAAGAAUUACACGAGAUUAUUUAAUAUUAUUAAUGAUGUGGAUAGCUAUUUGUAAAAUAGAUUUAAGAUGGUAAUUGUUGCAUGUCUGAUCAUUUCUCGAAUGGUUUUCCUUUUUUUUUUCUUCAAAAGUAAUUAUAAAUAUCCACUAAUUACUGGGAAAAGAAUAAACAUAAUCUUUGUUUUCUGCUACUUGCUUGUAUAUAAUAGAACAACUAAAAGUGACGAUGACUUUUUUUUUUUGUAAUGAUCUUAUAACUAAUUGUUCACUGUACUAAAUGAAGGGUUAAUUUAAAUUUAUAAUCUUUUUUUUUUAUUAUUCAUUAAAAAGUAAAGCGUGUUUUCCCAAGAAUAACAAAGUAGAAAAAAAAAAGGG